GCACUACAGAGGAAGCGUGCGUGAAGUGACGUCACCGGCGUGUUGUGGGGAAGGCUGGAGGAAGAUGGCGGGGUCCAAGGUGAAGCAGGACAUGCCUCCUCCGGGAGGCUAUGCUUCGUUUGACUAUAAGAGAAAUCUCCCGAAACGAGCACUCUCUGGAUAUAGCAUGUUCGGUAUAGGCAUCGGCAUCAUGGUGUUCGGCUACUGGAGGCUUUUCAAGUGGAACAGAGAAAGAAGGCGCCUGCAGAUUGAGGAUAUGGAGGCCCGGAUAGCUCUGAUGCCCCUGCUGCAGGCAGAGCAAGACAGAAGGACCUUACGAAUGCUGAGGGAAAAUCUAGAGGAGGAGGCGAUUAUCAUGAAGGACGUUCCUGGUUGGAAGGUCGGUGAGAGCGUCUUCCACACAGACCGCUGGGUCACCCCCAUGUCAGAGGAGCUGUUCAACCUCCGGCCUAAUGAGGAGCUUUUACAAAAGCGUUUCGGCUUCAUGUGGUACGUGUAAAACACCAGCGCUACAAACCACCUUCCACAGCCAGAACCACGUGGACCUGAUCCCCGGCUCAAUUCAGCUUGUAAAUGUUCAAUAUUAAAGUUUUUUUUGCCUGUACCUCA